ACCCUAGUAUAGCAGGAGACACCACCCAGUCUGGUAUACUAAAAAAGUCGUGGUGGUUGUAGUGGUACUGGUGGUAGGUGUUGAGUGUGGUGGUGGGUGUAGACUCUCAAUAGCUGGGACUCAUCAAUCAACACGACCACUAGGAAACGAGCCAGGUUGGAGCAGAGGAACUGCCCGCCUACUCCACCAGGACUUUUUCAGGAGAGUGAUUAAGGACUGUUGGUGAGGAAGGUUACACAUCGGCAAGAACCACCAUGAUGGAUGGGAUGAUGUUGGUGCGCGGCGGAAGGAGUACCAGUGCCUCCUCUGCUGAGCGCUCUCUCCUGCUGGGGGCUCUCGCUACCCACAUGGGCGUGCUGGACGCUCGAGAGAAUGACGCACAGACUAUUAUUCGGAAAUCUGAACUUUGGGACGAAAUAACGCGACACUUCAACGCCAACACGUCAGCGCCGCGAUCCCGUCAACAGAUCCAGACUCUGUACAAGAACAUGAAGGCGAAGGCAAGGAGGUAUGAAGCUAGGCUUGGGGAGGUGGCGUCAGGGGUUCCGCCGCCAGACCCAGACCCUAUAUCAGAAAUGCUGUUGGGCUUGUUACAUCAACAGAUGCAACAUCAACAGCGUCACCUGCAGCGUCUGGUAGCUACGGACACUCACACCUUGCCUGACAACAGCGAACUCUUCAAGUUUAACCAUCAUUACGACUCGACCUUCGUCACCCCUGAACAGGUGAUGCAAGUGUCGCUAAAAGAAGGAUUUACAAAUGAGAUGGAAAUUAAGAAUGAGCCACGUGAUGAUGAUUUAGGCUCACCUGAGGACCUUCCAGACAGGGAAUCCUCGGCCACUGAUCUGUUCCCAGACUCCAUCUUCGCCAGCCAACGCUGUCAGUCCUCCCCAGUGAUGUCCGAACCAUUGAGCAGCAGCCAUAGCCAGUCACACCAGGAGCCAGUCAUUUCCAUCCCUGUCAUUCCCCACUCUUUGACUGUAACCGAGGUCAGUCCCACACCAACCGUGCUACACAAACAGGAUUCAACAACAACUCCGUCAACUAUUUAUCAAAAUCCAUCGUCACUUACUGGGCAGUGUAGUCCACCCCCAGACAGCCAUACCCCCCUGUCAAAAGUUGGCGCGCCACACACCUCGUCACACACAGGCAGUCCAGGUAAUGCAUUCUUUCACCCGUCUUUCGCUUCAAGUGUUGACGCGAUGACGGAAGAGUUACCCCAAGCUGCGAAGAAGCCGAAACUACAAGAUGUGAGAGAGCCACUUCGCCAGGGUGGGUAUGGGAUGGUUCCCACCCGUGUCCCGUCCUUCUGUUGCUGCCCAGACCUGCACGCCAAGCUGCUCACUCUAGCUCGGGAGGAUCACAGCUUCAGGAUGAGUAUGCUGAAAGAAGACUCUGAGAUGAGAACCAAGGAACACGCGGCCAGGAUGAGGAUAUUAUCACUAGAGGAAGAAAUAGUGAUGGCCAAGUUGAGAACGGCGAGUGACAGAAACAAGGGUGAUGGGACACCACAGGACGAGGCAAGAGGUUGACGCUGACACACCCAGGUCAGGGUUGUUUGGCUGACAAUAUUAACGAAAGAAACUGUUGAUUUUAAAACGAGAUUGAUAAGCAGAAUGAAAAAAUAAUUGUACAUUACAAGUAUACCAAUAA